CAAAUAGGUAUGUGAUAAGACAUUACAUAAACUCUUUACGUUUUAUUUACAUUUUAAAGUUGAUUAGUUGGACAAAUCGGGUGAAAAAAACUGUUUUCACACAACAUAUUUCCCCCUUUCAAGAUCACUUCGUAGCAUUCGCUCCCCACCCGCCAUUUUUAAAAAGACGCGACGGAGUUCAUUGCCUUGUUGAAUUAUGCAGAGAUGGGCAUCAUGAAAGUCUCGUCAUUAAUUUAGUUGGAAAGGGGAGAAAUUGUGCUUUACAAUGGUAUUUAUAUUACAGUUGAUCUGGAAGUAUUACGUUUAAUGGGCGCAAAAAUAAGGUCAAUUGUACGGACCAAGGCGUUAUCUAAACCGAGAACUAAAAACAACAUUCACCUUAUCUGAACUCUUCACCUUGAGGUUUAGGUCGCUUGAGGCAACAGCGCACUUCUCCUUUCACCGCUUCAAGUUGCUAACUCGACAUCUGAAAUGAGUUUACACAUUUUGUUAAUCAACACAGUUGCACAGACAUUAACUAGCUAAGUAACUAACACUUCUUAGCUGGCUACCAUAACCAACAGAUAGUUAGCUAGCUAACUACUGCCCCGGUAGCUAACAGACUACAAUUAGUUAGUCGAUGAAAGGACUAAACAGGAUUCCCAAAGACAAACAAUUAAAUCGCUUGCUAGGUAGCAUUUUGUUUUGCUAGGUAGGACAAUUUAAUCGCUAACUAAAUACUGUUAAAUAAUAGUAUAUUGUGGGGAGGUUAACUAGCUAACGUUUGCUAGCUACUAACUCGGACAAACUCACCUGUUUCUUCCUCAUUUUCGGAAGUUAGCUACAUGUCAGUCACUGGAUUGCAAUCUUGUUAACAGUCGCUUUUGCACAAAUUUCUGUGGACGUAGCUAGCUAAUUCAACCAAAAGAAAUGUCGUUCUAAAUACAGGUCGUCAGCAAACGGUAAAAUCGUCGUGAUAAAAAGACACCGUGUUGUUUUCUAAUCCGAGUGGUGAAUCGAGACAGCGUUCGAAUUCUGAAAAAUAUAGCUACGUCUAGAAAUCACGUGCAGUUCAAUCAGAGGUCGAGGUCUCUGAUAUUGAUUGAUCAAGAAACAAUUGAUUCCUUGUGCCAGUCAAUGGUGCCUACUAGCUACUGUUUGCCUUUGUUAUUUCGACUAAAACUUGAGUGUCGUGUCUUACUGCACUAAAUACAUGUUUAUACAGGGCAUAAAUAAGGUCGUUGUUUGAGGUGGAAAAACACGACACAUUUGACAAUUUCCAAAACCGACACACGGGGGUGGUAAAAGCUUGUAAUGUAUUUCCUCACACAGCCCCAAGGCACCGGUUUCGCCUUUAAUCUGUGCUUGGGCGUCUAGAGUUACGCUGAUUUUGUCCCUGUGGAUCUCUCUUUCUCUUUGUGUGUAUGUGUGUGAUAAAUAUAUUUUUGUGUUAAUGGGCGAUUGCUGCAAAACAAAUGUACCCUAUAAUUUAUAAUUACGUUUUCUGAAGCUACGUUGAUGGUAGCUAAGGGACUUAAGUUUAGUUCCUUAGCUACGUUGAUGGGCAAUUGUAUGUAGGCUGUGAUAUUAUAAUGCAUAUAAUAAUGCACAAUAACCUAUUAUAUAAUACAGUAUUAUUAUCAUUAUAAUAAGACAAUACACUGUAUUGCUUGAUGGCUGAUAAAUAAAUAGCAGGUGCAAUCAAAUGGACAAUAUAGCCUCAGCCUUAGUUUUUCAAGUAGCUUAUGCCAUUAGAUAUCUAAUUUAAAGCCUAAAAGAUGAGUGAGCCAACCGGAGACGCAGUCUAGUGAGCCACCUGUGAUGUGAAAUAAGAAAACUGCAUAUUGUCACAGAUAGGUGUAUUGGGGAGACGAGAAAAAACCCAGUAAGCAAAAUAAUGUUGAAAAUACGUAUUUUUCUGACGUCGAAGUUAGGUUAAUUUUAGGUUAUGAAUGAAAGUUCAAAAUACAUAUUUUCCGGAACGGACGAAAUCUGAACCAAAUAUAGACAUCUAUGAUUGGUUCGGACCGGAUCAAAAAUCAACAACCCGUGGCUGGUCCAGGCCACACCAAAAACAUACCAAACAAAGAAGGCCGGUCUGGGCAGGACCCCCCAAAAAUAUGUACAAAAGAAGUCGGUCCAUGCUUAGUGGGAACUGAGUAAGGGGAGAAGCUUGUAGGCAACAGUCACUUUUCAAGACCAGUCCACAAUCUCAUCGAACAAGUUUUUUUAGUAUGAUAUAGCAGAGAUUACUUUCCAAGAAAUAUAGAUUCGUCUUUUUGUACGCUAAAGGAAUAGCAUGGUGGCGUCCAGCUACCUACUUUCAAGGUAGCUGGUCACGGGACAGUGAAUAGAUUCACUAAGAUGUAGCCAAACUGUAAUUUAUGCGCAGCUUUCAAUUUUUCAAAAUUGACACUAAUGAAUGAUGAGAUGCUUUAACAAUAGGGGUACCUAUUCAAUUUAAGGAUUUCUUAUUCAUUACACGUUUUGUGCCAUAGAUAUGGAUAUUUUUUUCAGGAGAAAGAGGGCAUUGAAAACUCUCCUGAGCUUGUCUCUAGUUUUUGCGUCUUUAUUGAUGAUCCAAAAGUUCAAGCUUGUGGAUAACAGCAUCAAGGAUGAUAUGGAGGUUAAACGCAUGGAAGACGCCGGUUGGUGUGGACCUGAGUGUGAUUUCUACAAAGGAAAAGGCCUAUUGAAAAGCAGUUUGGGAAACUACUCGCCGCCUGUUCUUGGUGAUGAUUUGGAUGCGCCACGGGUGAAGAUGUCCAACGCUACUCUGGCUACUUGGGAUGUACACGUUAUGAACUGCAGUGAAUAUUCAGCCGUGAGGAAAAAUGAUUGGUUUCGACGUUUGGAUCCGAGGUUCCACCAAUUUGUGUUACACAGACAUUGUCGGUAUUUCCCAAUGUUAAUAAAUCACCCGGAUAAAUGCAGGAAUGGAGACGUGCACUUGCUCAUGGUUGUAAAAUCCGUUAUAGAGCAGCAUGAUAGGCGAGAGGCCGUGCGGAAUACCUGGGGUAGGGAACAGGCAAUUGAUGGUAAGAGAAUAAAAACGCUGUUUCUUCUAGGAAGCCCUACAAAUGGUAAAGACACGAAAAACCUUCAAAAGUUGAUUGAGUAUGAGGACAUUAUAUAUGGAGACAUUCUUCAAUGGGAUUUUAUGGACACAUUUUUCAACCUCACCUUGAAAGAGGUGAAUUUUCUGAAAUGGUUUGAUAUUCACUGCUCCAGUGCCAAGUUUAUAUUCAAAGGGGAUGACGACGUUUUUGUGAAUACAAAGAACUUACUGGAACUUAUUAGUUUCAAGACUGAGGACCGCAAAGUGCUGAACUUAUUUGUUGGGGACACCAUAUCCAAAGCCAUCCCCAUCAGAAACCAUCAAAGUAAAUACUACAUCCCCAAAGAGCUGUUUGACAAACCGUACCCACCUUAUGUUGGUGGUGGUGGGUUUUUAAUGUCCUCACAAUUAGCUCAGAGACUGUUUGUGGUUUCGGAGGACUUGGAGCUCUAUCCCAUUGAUGAUGUGUUUUUGGGAAUGUGCCUCCAGAAGCUACACUUGACUCCAGAGAUGCACAUAGGUUUCAGGACAUUUGGCAUCAUGAAACGCAGAGUGAGUCCAAUGAACAGAGAACCUUGCUUUUUCAAAAACCUCAUCGUAGUCCAUAAAUUGAGUCCUCAGGAGCUAUUCAGGAUGUGGAGUGUAGUGGAAAAUAAGGAGCUGGUUUGUGCCAAAAACACUGCACCAUGAUUGUCAAGCUAAAGUCCAGUGUGACAAAGGUUAUGCAACAAAUAUUGUUAAAUUGUUAAUUGUAAUAUGUGUAUGUAGGCCUAGUAGGACACACUGAUGUCACUAAAAUAUCCAACUAAGAAAGACAAUGUGAAAAGAAUGACAUUCUUUCAUUCUCACUGACCUGUUUAAUGUUUCACUUUUGUAAUGUUUAUUGUAAUGUCAAUAGGUAGGAAAACAAAAUUAGUAAGUGUACAUGACUUAUGUCUAUACAAAAUUAACCACUUUUUCAGCAAACUGUAAAUAUAUGGCAGCAUUUAACACUGAAAAGCUUUUUUCAUGCCAGUUUAGUGCCUUUGAUUUUUGAGAUUAGGGAUGUUUUAGUAACUAAAAAGGAUACAUAAAAAUAUAAUUUAGUAAAUGUUUGCCAUAGAUUCUAGAACAAAUAUUUAAUGACAUUUUAAGUCACAACUAGUUUUUGUGUUGAUGUUUAACAGAUUCAUUAAAUAUGUAUUGUUAUAUCAGUGUUUUAAUGUGGCUGAGUGCUGGGUAAGAGUUGAGGGCUUCUGGGUGGAUAACAGAUACUGUAAUUGUUGGUGUAAAAUAUUGCAACAGGUGUCUUUGAAAUACAUAUUUGGCAUCUCAAACUCACCAGAGUAAGAGACAACAGCACUGUAUAGAUUCAUUUAACUUUAUUUAAUCAAACAUAGAUGUUUCAAUCUCUGCACAAAAUGUUUGUAAAUCAAAUAUGUACAGUCAAUACUGAUUGAUAUGUACUGAAAAUCCACAAGGAAAAUAUACAUCAGUGGAGGCUGCUGAGAGGAGGACGGCUCGUAAUAAUGACUGCAACGGGGCAAAUG